CCAUCCAAUCUACACAUCUUUCUCCUCUAAUCACCUCUCGCAUCUUCAUCUCAAACUCACAAUGACCGUUUCCCAAACUCCCGUUCUGUUCCAGCCUCUCCGGGUUGGCGACAUCGAGGUUAAGCACCGUGUUGUUCUCGCCCCUCUCACCCGCGUUCGCGCCCAUGCCGACCACGUACCUGGUCCUCAAGCUGCAACGUACUACAGUCAACGUUCAAGCAUGCCCGGAACAUUGCUCAUCUCUGAGGCUACGGUCAUCGCUCCGCAAGCUGGUGGUACCCCUCACGCGCCUGGUAUCUGGUCCGACGCGCAGAUUGCGGCCUGGAAGGAGAUAACCGAAGCCGUACACGCCAAGGGCUCGUAUAUCUACCUCCAACUCUGGGCUAUGGGCCGCGCUGGUAGCGCUCAGGCGCUCAAGGCUGAUGGACACGAACUUGUCUCCGCCUCCGCCAUCCCCUACACCGAUCUGUACGGGACAACGAGCACGCCUCGCCCGCUCGCGGUGUCUGAGGUCCAGGAAUACGUCCAGUUGCACGCCAAAGCCGCCGAGAACGCAAUUGCCGCAGGGUUCGACGGAGUCGAGGUGCACGGCGCGAACGGGUACCUCGUCGAUCAGUUCCUGCAAGACGUGUCCAACACUCGCACGGACGAGUAUGGCGGUAGCGUCGAGAACAGGGCGCGGUUCGCGUUGGAGGUUGUUGAUGCUAUCGUCAAGGCCAUUGGCGCAUCGCGCACGGCAAUCCGGUUGAGCCCGUGGGGCAAGUUCCAAGCCAUGGGCAUGGAGGACCCAGUACCAACCUACACCUACCUCACUACCGAGCUUGCGGAGCGCAACAUCGCAUACAUCCACGUCAUUGAGCCCCGCGCGGACGAGCUGAAUCCUUCUGCCGGGUUGAACGACUUCAUCCGCAAGAUCUGGGGCGACCGUGCGUACAUUACUGCCGGCGGGAACACUCGCGAUAUCGCGCUACAGGAAGCCGAGGAGAAGGGCGGGCUGUUCGCAUUCGGGCGGUUGUUUAUCUCCAAUCCUGAUCUUCCCCGUCGCUUGAGGGAUAACAUUCUCCUGACGGCACCUGAUCGCUCGAAAUUCUACUUGAUGGGCAAUCUGACGCCGGAAGGGUAUACCGACUGGCCCUUUGCUUAGGAGGCUGGUUUGUAAAAUACUAAUUGUUUAUAAUGUAUAUCCCUAGACUUCACGAUGCUAGUGCAUAAUGUGAUAACUAUGUUUCUUUC